GUCCGCAGUCUCUGGUCAUCCCCUGUACUAUGCCCGCAGUCUCUUGUCAUCUCCUGUACUAUGUCCGCAGUCUCUGGUCAUCUCCUGUACUAUGUCCGCAGUCUCUGGUCAUCUCCUGUACCUCGUCUGCAGUCUCUGGUCAUCUCCUGUACCAUGUCCGCAGUCUCUGGUCAUCUCCUGUACCUCGUCUGCAGUCUCUGGUCAUCUCCUGUACCAUGUCCGCUCUCUGUAUCUCCAUGUCCGCAGUCUCUGGUCAUCUCCUGUACUAUGUCUGCAGUCUCUGGUCAUCUCCUAUACUGUGUCCGCAGUCUCUGGUCAUCUCCUGUACUAUGUCCUAGUCUUGGUCAUCUCCUAUACUGUGUCCGCAGUCUCUGGUCAUCUCCUAUACUAUGUCCGCAGUCUUGGUCAUCUCCUAUACUGUGUCCGCAGUCUCUGGUCAUCUCCUGUACUAUGUCCGCAGUGCUGGUCAUCUCCUGUCUCUGUCCGCAGUCUCUGGUCAUCUCCUGUACUAUGUCCACAGUCUCUGGUCAUCUCCUGUACUAUAUCUGCAGUCUCUGGUCAUUUCCU